AUGGUGAAAUGGAACAAUCAGACCUUGGGAACUGACUUCGUCCUACUGGGCCUUUUCUACCACAUCCAAGCCCCUGUGCUUCUCUUCACAUUCAUCUUCCUAGUCUUCCUCAUUGCCCUCGUUGGUAAUAGUGUGAUGAUAAUUCUCAUUUGGUUGGAUGCUCGACUUCACACUCCCAUGUACUUUCUUCUGAGCCAACUUUCCUUCAUAGACCUCGUGUAUAUCUCCACUUUUGUACCCAAGAUAGCCACUGACUUUCUGUCUGGGAGAAACACUAUUUCUUUUAUUGACUGUGGAAUUCAGAUGUUCCUCUUCGCAACCCUAAUGGGAGCAGAAUGCUUUCUCCUGGCUGUCAUGGCUUAUGACCGCUAUGUGGCUAUAUGCCAUCCACUUCAUUAUUCAAUUCUCAUGCGUCCUACAAUUUAUGGCUCCAUGAUGAUAGCAACCUGGCUGGGAGCUCUGCUCAAUGCCUUGAUCCAUGUCAUAUAUACCCUGAAUCUUCCCUACUGUGCCUCCAGAAAAAUACAUCAUUUCUUUUGUGAGAUCCCAGCUCUCCUGGAACUUGUUUGUGCAGAUGUCACUCUAUAUGAGAAUGGUCUUUUUGUCAGUGGUGUUGUGGUCCUCAUCGCUCCAAUAGCAGUUAUCAUGGUUUCCUAUGGGAAGAUUCUCUCAACUGUGUUGGGAUUAGGAUCUAAUCUGGGAAGGAAAAAGGCUUUGGCGACUUGUUCUUCCCAUAUGAUUGUAGUGUCUCUUUUUUACGGAACAGCCAUCAUGAAGUACUUUCUGCCCAAAGCAUAUCACACUGCUGAGCAGGAUGAAAUACUUUCUAUCUUCUACACUAUCCUCACACCCAUGGUUAACCCACUUAUCUAUUGUCUUCGUAACAAAGAGGUGGCUGGUGCCCUGAAGAAAAUAUUGGGAAAGUAG